GAAAAUAAGAAGAAAAAUACGAGAAAAGGGAAAACAAAACGAGAAAAGAAAAUAAGAAGGGGAAAAAAGAAGGAAAAGGAAGGCGAUAACUCCUGGAAGUGGAAACUUUCCCCCUGUCCGUUCUCCGAGUCCUGAAAAGCCGGGAUGGAGCUGGAGAAAUCCUAUGGGACGCCGCGGGCUGGCCGCACAGGACAUGGAGGCGUGAAUCAGCUGGGGGGAGUUUUUGUGAACGGCCGCCCCCUCCCAGAUGUUGUUCGCCAAAGGAUCGUGGAGCUUGCCCACCAAGGGGUCCGGCCGUGUGACAUCUCCCGGCAGCUCCGCGUCAGCCACGGCUGCGUCAGCAAAAUACUUGGCAGGUAUUAUGAAACUGGGAGCAUUAAGCCUGGAGUGAUCGGAGGAUCAAAACCAAAGGUCGCCACACCCAAAGUCGUUGAGAAAAUUGCAGAGUACAAGCGCCAAAAUCCCACCAUGUUUGCCUGGGAGAUCAGGGAUAGACUCCUCGCCGAGCGAGUGUGUGACAACGACACCGUGCCCAGUGUCAGUUCCAUUAACAGGAUUAUACGGACAAAGGUGCAGCAGCCGCCCAACCAGCAGGUCCCAGCCUCCAGCCACAGCAUAGCCUCCACAGGAUCCGUGACCCAGGUGUCCUCUGUCAGCACCGACUCUGCUGGAUCAUCCUACUCCAUCAGCGGCAUCCUGGGAAUCGCCUCCCCUGGCACGGAAAGCAACAAGCGCAAGCGGGAUGAAGGGAUUCAGGAAUCUCCGGUACCAAAUGGCCAUUCUCUUCCGGGCAGAGAUUUUCUUCGGAAACAGAUGCGAGGAGACCUUUUCACCCAGCAGCAGCUAGAAGUGUUGGAUCGAGUCUUCGAGAGGCAGCACUAUUCUGACAUUUUCACAACCACGGAGCCAAUCAAACCAGAGCAGUGGUGCUCCAUGCUGAUGAGACAGUGCGUGGUACAACCGCAGGCAGUCAUUUUUCAGGCAACUGAAUACUCAGCCAUGGCAUCAUUAACUGGUGGAUUAGAUGACAUGAAGGCCAAUAUAACCAGCCCCACUUCUGCAGAUCUGGGAGCAAGCGUUCCCGGGCCUCAGUCAUACCCUGUGGUCACAGGUCGUGAGCUGGCAAGCACAACCCUCCCAGGAUACCCUCCUCACGUCCCGCCAGCCGGACAGGGCAGCUACUCCGCUCCAGCGCUGACAGGAAUGGUGCCUGGACCCAUUUCACAGCCUUGCUGAGGAGAUCACAACAGUCUCUGAGGGGCUGACCAUGAAGCAGGUUAUGGACACAGUCUGGUGCCACUGGCACAUCCCUGCUUGUUCUGAAAUGGCCGAAUCACCGUGCCUGAGCAAGGGAGCAUGCUUGUUGUUUCGGGUCUCGGAGAUUGAUUUCACAACCUACUUGCUGCCUCAUCAUAGUUUUCAGAGCCUCUGGUAGAAAUGUGUUUUGUUGAUAAGAUUUUUAAUCGUUAGCCAUGAAUUUCUGCUCGUAAUUAAGUAAUUGUGUGAAUUAAGUGCUUAGAGACAUGGGAGAAAUGUAGACAUGAUAAGACACAGGCGGUGUUUUGUUGCAUGCUUGUUGCUGCUGCCGUUGCUUGUGCUGCUGUGGGUGAACCUGUCCCCCUCCACGCUGCUGGUCCCACGUCUGCCAGGGAGUCUGUCCAGCUCCCUGAUGUUUCCAAGCUGGAAGCAGGAGCUGUGUGGAUUCAGCUUCUUGCUCUAUGUUUGUCUCUUCUCCAGUUCCUCCACUGUUCAUCCAAACAGGAAAGGCUUCUUCCCUCACCACCAUGGGUCCUUCCCUGACUCUCUCACAGGCAAAGAUGCUCUUGGGAACCCAUCCCCACUGCCUCUGUGUGCAUGCCACAAGCACCUGGUCCGCACUCUCAGAUCUCCUCCCUUCUUUCCCUGCAAAACCAGGGACUUCCAUAUCAAUAAGGAAUUUCUUUUUAAUGUGCAUUUUUAAUCUGCUGUGGCCCAGAGAAUAAAUUAGUCACAUACUUUUCUCUAGAAGAAUCAAACGAGCAAACACAUGGCUUCGAUCUGAGUUCAGAGCUUUACAAACUGAGAACUGGCAUCUCUUGAGGCUGCCAUAAAUGUCUUCCCCUGCAAAUCACUGGCCCUGCACACUCCUCUGUCCUUCUGAUGGCUGUCACCCUGCAAAGGUGACCAGCAUGGAGCUCUCCAAGAGGCACCAUGGUUCCAGCAGAGCACAGUGCUCUGAUGGCACAGGUGAAACGCUGUGGUGUGGAUGGAUGGAUGGAUGGAUGGAUGGAUGGAUGGAUGGGGAGAUGGAUGGGAAAAUAACGAGCUUAAUGGUCAAGCCUGGAGAUGGUGGUUAAUGCCAUGAUCUGGCUGAAUGCUGGUAGCAUGUGUGGCUCUGCAGAACAUGGUCUGGGGUCUAUCCUGGUAGCAUCUUCAUCCACAGCUGCGAGGGAGCACACCUCACCAGGUUUUCAGAUUAUGCCAAAUUGAGUGCUGUCAGUGUGCACCAGACUAGGGCUGUCACCUGGGGGCACCCAGGCAGGUUUGGGGAGCAGCAUGAAAUCCAACAAGGGCAAAUAUAAAACCCUGAACUAAGGAAGGGGACACUUUGCAACAGAACAAGCUGAGAACUGGCUGCUGCAGGGAUUCGGGGGAUACAGGCAGAGUGAGAGCUGAGCAUCUCCAUGCCAAGUUAUACAGUGAGGACGACCAGCAGCAUCCUGGCCAGGAGAUGGAGGGAAGGGAUUAUCCCUCUAGUUUGACAAUCAAGGACUCACAAGGGAAUGAUGAGUGCAGUUUUGAGCCCCCCAAUGCAAAGAGGCUAUAGGCACAAGUUGAAACAAGCAAGAUACAAACUGGGUAUGAGGAAAAGCUCCAAACCUUUCCCCAGGAGGGCUAUCCAAUGGUGGAAGAGGUCACUCAGAGAGGCCACACACUCUCCAUCCUUCAGGUUUUUCAAGGCCAGGCUGGAUGAAGCCCUGAGCACCCUGGUCUGGCCUCAUUGCUGGUCCUGCUAUGAGCAGCGUCUUGAGACCUCCUAAAGUCCCUUCCAUCCUGAAAUGCCCCAUCGUCCUAUAACUCAAUAUUUUGAUUAUGGCACUGCUGAAAAUGUGCUGCAGAAUCAGAAAUUCAUACGCUUCUUCCUGAUAUGGUGAGCAGAGAUGGGGUCAAUAAGCAGGAGGAGAACAGGUCCCUCUCUGGAGAGCAGUGAUGCCAGCACAGUCCACACAGGUACACAGAUGGGACACGUCAGCUCUAGACCCCAGUCACCACUGAAUGACAGAACCAUGCAUUCCCCUCAGAGGCUGGAGGGAUCUGUGCGUACGCCUCCCCUGUCACAGAGCAGUGCUUAAUGUUUACAAAGGGAUGAGGAGAAAUUGGCCUCUGCAUCCUUCUCCCACCCAUGACCAAGGUCUCAACCCACUGCAGCUCUGGUCGUGCCUGGUCAUGGCCCCUGGCUCCGCAUUCCCUGUCUUGACUGUGCUCUGUACCCAUCUCACACCUGCUUCCAGGAGACUGGGGAUGGUGGGAAGGGGAAGUGGACCUCGUGUAAAAUGGGGACUGUUGGUGAAUAUUCCUGGAUAUGUUUGGAGCAGGCGGGAUGUUAAGAGCAUUGUGUGGCAUCUGAGUUACGGGGUCAUGGGAACUCAGCUUCUUCACCUGCUCACAGCCUGGGCAGGGGAUGCAGCAACUCCCACAGCAGCUUGCCUGAAGUGGACAGUUCUCUUAAUCCUCAUUGUUUGCAGUUUACACCUGAAGCAUGAGAGUUUAUAUCCCUUGUAAAUGUUUAUUUUGUCUAGUGUAGCGCUCUGUAUGUUCUCAUUAUCUAUUUAGAGGCUUAAUCCACUGCUGAUUCCUCCUAGAUUCGUGGUCUCAGCACCACCUUGGGGCACAGGAUCCCACAGGUUAAUGAGAUGCCAAAUGCAGAAAUUAUCUCUGAUAAUUUGGUAUUAUUGUUACUAUUUGUUCACACACUGUGAUUGUGUCCCUAAAUGUGCUGUUGCUUUAGAAACACAGUAUUUUCCCAGUGGUUUCCCCUUUGUCUUCUUGGCCGAGCAGCGAGAAGCAAACUGCAUCUUCUCCGUCCAAACCUAUUCUUGCAGCCAGGAACCUGGUGUCACCUCUUUUUCUUUAUUCCUUUCUGAAAAGGCAGUCCCAGGGAUGUUUGGCUCUUCCGAAGGAGGGAGUGCCAUCUUUUGCAUGCACCUUCUUCUCUCUUUGCUCCCUUUACCACCUUGCAUUUGCAGAUCCAGCUUUAGGAGUGUGACAGGAGCCAGUUGGGACCACAUCACUAAGAAAUGCAAUAUUUGCAGGGAUUUUACUCCGUGACCUUUGUGGGUGACCCCAAGCCUUUUUUGAGGUGAAGUCUUUGAAAGGGAGCGCAGCUGCUAGAGUGACGGUCUGCUAGUCAUGGAUAGCACACUGUUACCAUAUUUUCCUCGCCUUUGGGAGGUUGGACUGUGUCCCCAGCACUGUUCCUUCUCUCCUGUGAGCUCUGGUGGUCUGCAGGCUGGGGCUGGUGAUGGGGACCAGAGCUGCUUGCCUAGAGUCUUUUCUUGGUCCUCUGUUGCUCCACACACUACCAGUUUAUUCCCAGCGUCGGGUCAGGUCUCUCUCCAUGGAUCACUACUCGUGUCCAUGGGACUGCUCCCAUAACGUGUCUAGUCUGUGUGGUCCCAUGAAUGGGGAGGAUGGUGGCCACCAGUGAGGGGACAGAGAGAAGCACAUGAGGACUGGUGGAGGAGCUGCAACCCUACGUUCCCGCUCUGAGGACCACCUUUCCAGGUGUCCCAUUUGUGUCCCUGAUGGUCCAGGGUAGUGGGGCUCAUGGUGAUUCCCAUGGCCAGGACAGUGUGGGCCAGGCAGGGGCUUGGGCAGGUGAUGACCAUGUUCAGCUUCAGCACCUGCUUGUCCUCACCAUCAGAUUCAUGGUGCUGUGGCUGAGCUGGAGAAAGGUUAUGCUCAAGUAGCCAGGAUCAUUCACUUACAUCAUAGAAUCAUAGAAUCAUGGAAUGGUUUGGGUUGCAAGGGACCUCAAAGCCCAGCCAGUUCCACCCCACUGCCAUGGGCAGGGACACCUCCCACUAGGUCAGGGGGCUCCAAGCCUCAUCCAGCCUGGAUGCUGAAACACUCCAGUCGUGGUGCUAGCGGUGCUGGGACAGGAGCCCUUGCUGCCCCCCACGUUCUGUUUCCCCCUCUCUCUGUCUCCAGGGAUGGAGCCCCCUGCCUGCUACCCGUUCUCACCUCGCGGGACUGUCAUUCACCCUGUCUCCCGCUCUCCCUGUGGGCCUUGCACACCGGGUGACAGGAAAGGGUAGACUGUCCGGAAUAGUGAUGCUGAAAAUAUAGUCAUUAAUGGGACUCUUGAAACCCAGAUGUCCUUUCUGAACACUGGUAAUUUGUUUUUAAUGAAAAACCAUGCAGUGACCCUGAACAAAUGAAUUUCCUUUAUAUGAAGUCUAUGUGCAAUUACCUGACUAAAGGGACCUGAAAACAGUGACAUUCAAAACUGGGCUUUGAAAAGAAAAGCAUAAAAAAUAGCAACGGUGUCAUUAGCAGUCCUUUAUUCGGGAGAAGAUGCUAGUCCUAACUUGCAAAGCAGAAGGAGAUUGUAUUGGGAAGCAAAAUACAUGGCUUUCAGAUGCAGUUUUAUCUUGUGGCCAGGAGAUAUGAAUACAGAGGAGCAAUGAGAUUGUGUGACCUCUGCCUUUCGGGGCUGUUUUUCCUCCUUGAGCAUGGGACAGCACAGACCCCAGCCCACCUGCACCCAGCCUGCAGCGAGGGAUGCAGGAGUGCAAGCCCUGGGUCAGGGGCCAGCAGUUGGGGUGUAGGAGCUCCAGAAUAAAGCCCAUGGGAGCUGGUGGGGUUUGAACCCCCCCUAGUGUGUUCGGGACUUUAUUAAUUGUUUUUUUCAUUAGUUUGUGUUAUUUGUUCUGGCUCUGCCUUAGCCAAAGUUUUGCUAUCGCCUUCUGUAGUCUUCUGAUGCACAGCAGUGAAUAUGUGAACAUGAGGUAGGUGGAAAGUAAAACACUUAAAAACAGGGGCAGAGAAGGGAAUUAUGGUGGGAUGGCAGAGAGCAUUGAUGGCAGAACCUGAACAGGGUCCUCCUCCGAUUUACAGCAAAAAGCUGGAACUGCUGGGUUACUUGGACUGGACUCCAGGUGAGGUCUCGCAAGAGAGGAAUAAAGGGGCAGAAUGCCCUCCCUCUCCUGAUGGCCACACUGCUUUGGAUACAGUCCAAGACACAGUUGGCCUUCUGGGCUGUGAGCGUGCAUUGCUGGCUCAUGUCAAAAUCAGGCCCUUUAUCCUAUAAAGACCUAAAGCAAGUGAGGAAUAAACCUUAACACUUCUUGGGUGAAGGGGAAAGUGUGCACAUUGGCUCCGUGGAGCCUUUAGGUGACUCCUAAGUCUAUUUGCCAUCUGUUUCACCUGCUUCAUGCUGCUGUUAUGGUGAGGAUGUACCUCUGCCCUGAUUAUGGGCUUUUUCUAUGCCAGUAUUACCAGUUUGUGCAGCUCAUGUAGCUCAAACCCAGCCAUCACUUGAAGCACCCCAGAAGCACCUUCACAUCCCACACAUGCUCCCUGAAGCUUCCACCACCAGAGCAAGAAGACCCGUUGCCAAAGGACAAGAGUGUUGACAUUUGGCAUUUUCUGGUUAAGUGAAUUUACUGUUUUUUUCUCCUGCUGCACGAAGGUGCCUCCCUACCCUUUUGCAGUCUUGGAAGACAAAUCCCAGAAAAGUUUCAUCACGUAUGAUGGAGCAAGUGAUGCGCCGUGAACAUCUUGGGGCAAUUGGAGAUUGUAAAUCAAGUGACAAAUGAUUCCCUUAAUUAAUAAUGAAGUAGUUAAGUAAAUAGUACGCACUCAGAGGCUGCUCCUGAACAGUUUGAAUGAGGGAACAUCAGGAUCUUGGAGGCCUGGAGAAACAUUUGGAUGUUCACCUCUGAGGAAUGUUAUUACCAGAAUAUAGGUAAAAUGGAUAUUGUUUUCAAUAUAAUGUUGUCAAAUAUUAUGCCAUUAAAUUGAUUUAGGAAUUAGCGCCAGAGGAGGCAAGAAGGUGAAUGCUGGGAAGCCAACAGAUCAGCUGUUCCCAAACCCACCUUCCUCUUACAGACCUGAUCCUCACCUGGGGUCAAUUAUUCCCAAGCCCCGGCCGCUGGGGCUUUGCACCAGCUGAGGAUGCGGUCCCAAGCGUCCCAUGCGCAGCAAAGCUGGUCCUGCCUGCUCAGCGGGCUCCGACCGUAAUUCCUGCCUCCUCCCAUCGAGGUGAGACGCUGCGCGCAUCGAAACAUAAGUAAGCAAGACGAAGUGUGUAUAAACAAAAGAGUGCACGUUCAGGAGUGAGGAGGAGGAGAGGAAACAUAUUGUAUUGCUCCACUCUUUGGAAAUUUCUAUGCAUUUGUAAUAACAAAAUUACCAUAAUUUGCUCGUUAACGCAGCUAGAUCAGUCAAGCAUUGUUCCAAACAUGCAGAGGCUGCUUCCCGCUCCAGGUCUGCCAGUGAGUUAAGCACGGUGGAAAUUAGCAUGCAAAUAGCCCUAAUUCGGCGGCCGAGCUGUCAGAUCUGCGUUCAGCCGCUUGUUCCCUUUGAAAUCCCUGACAGGAGCGGCUCAGGCAAUCCCACCCUCAAGUAGAUCCAGCCAGAAGAGGUACCAAGGGGGCACCUCCUGAGUGACAGUUUGGCUGCCUUCAGUCAUAUCCAUCAGUCGCGUCCGCUGGCAGUGGCGCGCAGCGACGACGGGGGGCUGCGGGUGGGGGCUGCUUCCAGCCAGACCUUGGUGCCAGAACCACCCCUUUCCCACUCUGGGAUGGUGCUGGAGUGCUGGGCUCUGGCAGCGCCCGUGGGACAGAGGAGUGCUCCACUCAGAUGCUGAUUUUCAAGUGAAGCUGUAUUUUUUUUGAAGCAAAAAGUGUUGCCGUUUGGUUUUUUUAGCACUGAGGGGUGGAAUUCAGGGUCUGUGGUCAUUUCUUUUGGAGCUCUGCCCAGGAAUCCUGGCUGGGCUGUGGUUACAGAGCUUGCGGAGCAUCGUUGUGGAGGACGCUGUGCUUGGUGAAGCAGUGCACGGUCAGCAUUGGAGUGAUGCUGCAUGGAUUGAUGUGCCUACUGCACCAUGGUUGGGAGGAGAGGACUGGAGGUGCCCCGCUGAUGGCAGAGGGCUCCAUCCUGCAUCUCUGGGAGGAGCCGUGGGACUCUCCCAGCUCCUGUCUCUGCAGCACACACUGAGGUACCCACAAGGAGACGCUGGCAGCAGCUGAAAACAGGGACUGUUUUGUGUCGAUGGUU